AUGGCCGACCUCCAGGGACGCAAGGUCUUCAAGGUCUUUAACCAAGACUUCAUCGUCGACGACCGAUACACCGUCACCAAGGAGCUUGGCCAGGGCGCCUACGGCAUCGUCUGCGCCGCCUCCAACAACCAGACCAACGAAGGCGUCGCCAUCAAAAAGGUCACCAAUGUCUUUAGCAAGAAGAUCCUCGCCAAGCGCGCCCUGCGCGAGAUUAAGCUGCUGCAGCACUUUCGCGGCCACCGCAACAUAACGUGCUUGUACGACAUGGACAUACCGCGUCCGGACACCUUCAACGAGACAUAUCUCUACGAAGAGCUCAUGGAGUGCGACUUGGCCGCCAUCAUCCGCUCCGGCCAGCCUCUGACCGACGCCCACUUCCAGUCCUUCAUCUACCAGAUCCUGUGCGGCCUCAAGUACAUCCACUCCGCCAACGUCCUGCACCGCGACCUCAAGCCCGGCAACCUGCUCGUCAAUGCCGACUGCGAGCUCAAGAUUUGCGACUUUGGCCUCGCGCGCGGCUUCUCCGUCGACCCGGAGGAGAACGCCGGAUACAUGACGGAAUAUGUGGCCACGAGAUGGUACCGCGCUCCGGAGAUUAUGCUGAGCUUCCAGAGUUACACCAAAGCUAUCGACGUGUGGUCUGUUGGCUGCAUCCUCGCCGAGCUCCUCGGCGGCAGACCCUUCUUCAAGGGCCGCGACUACGUCGACCAGCUCAACCAGAUCCUUCAUAUCCUCGGAACCCCCAACGAAGAGACGCUCGCCCGCAUCGGCUCGCCGCGCGCGCAGGAAUACGUCCGAAACCUCCCGUUCAUGCCCAAGAAGGCCUUUCCGAGCUUGUUCCCCAACGCGAACCCAGACGCCCUCGACCUCCUCGACAGGAUGCUCACGUUUGACCCCUCGUCUCGAAUCAGCGUCGAACAGGCUCUCGAGCACCCGUACCUGCACAUCUGGCACGAUGCCUCGGACGAGCCCGACUGCCCCACGACGUUCAACUUUGAUUUCGAGGUCAUUGACGACGUGGGUGAGAUGCGCCGUGUCAUCCUGGACGAGGUGCUGCGGUUCCGCCAGACGGUGAGGGUUCUUCCCGGGGGCGCGGGCGCGGGCGCCGGGCCGGGCCAGCAGGGUGGUGCGGGACAGGUGCCGCUGCCGGAGCAGGGCGGCCAGUGGACGGCCCAAGACCCGCGGCCGCAGGAGUACUAUCAAUACGCCAACGGGGGGCUCGAGCAGGAUCUCCAUGCGGGGCUGGACGCGUCAAGAAGGUAG